AUGGAUCCAAGACUGAAGAGUGAAGGGGAGGACGUGGCGAACGACAAGGACUCGGUGUCAGCCACUGAUGAGUUGGUCCAAGCAAACAGUGCUAACCAUAAUCAGCGCCGACGACGGCCCGAAGUACCCCCGGAAGUGGAUGUCCAGCAGGAGAGACAACACUUCUAUCAUAUCGUCAAUACCUUCAAGUUUUAUAAAAUUAAUGGUUUGAGUCGUGUGUCGAAGACGUAUCGGUAUUUGGAUUCGUUGUCCGAAAGACACCAACAAUUGCUGACUAACUAUAGGAAGCAUUUGUCUGAUGUGUGCGAAGCCAUUGAUUGCAAUUACAAAGUGAUUGAACUGAUCAUUGAAGACAUCUCUAACUUAUUUGAAAACAUCGAUUACACGGCUCCUGACGCCCAAAGUGGACAUCAAAUGGACGUCAAGUCGUUUAGAUCGCAGACAUCGUUAGACUCGGAUAAAGUGAACUCCGUUUUCAAGCAAUUAGUCCGCGAGUGGACGGACGUCGGCGCCAAUGAGCGCAACACCUGUUUCUCGCCCAUUCUUCGACACAUUGAGGACUACUUCAAGGACUGCGCGGACAGGAGUGCGGUGCACGUGUUGGUUCCCGGCGCCGGUUUGGGACGACUGCCCUUUGAGAUCGCGCGCCGGGGGUUCACGUGUCAGGGCAACGAAUACAGUCUAUUCAUGCUAUUCACGUCUAACUUCAUUCUCAACAAAUGCAAGCACAGGGAUCUCCACACGUUUUACCCGUGGGCUCAACACUUCACGAAUAACGUGCGUUCGGCCCAUCAGUUGACUCCCGUCUCCUUCCCGGACACAGAUCCGGGAGAUUUGCCGCCAGAGUUAGACUUUUCGAUGGCCGCCGGCAACUUCAUCGAGAUCUACACGGAGGCCGACAGUUGGGACUGUGUGUCCACUUCGUUCUUCAUCGAUACGGCCACUAAUGUCAUCGAUUACAUCGAAACCAUUCACCACAUCCUAAAGCCAGGCGGCAUUUGGGUCAACAUCGGACCCCUUCUGUGGCAUAAUUCGGCCGAAUUCUCGGACAACGACUCCAUUGAACCCAGUUUUGAGAUAAUCAAAGACAUCAUACUUUCGUUUGGCUUUGAGUUCAUUAAAGAGGAGACGAAUGUGAGCUCUUAUUACACACAAAACCCGCACUCAAUGCUGGCCUAUGAAUACCGGUCCGUAUUCUUUGUCUGCAAAAAACCCAUUUCUUGUAAUAAUUAA